UUUAAAGGAAAAUAUUUGUAGAAAGAGUUUCUUAUCAAACCUAUUUCUAUCUAAAUUAUGUUUUUUGCACGUAAAAUUAGGCCUUUUUUUCAUAGAAGAUUUUUAGCUUUAAGAAUAAAAAAUGAGAAUAUUAGGCAACUAAUUCAAUUAAAGGCGCAGAAAAUAGAAUGUUUAUCAUUUUUGAAUGCUCGAUUCAUAACAACGGAUACGACAGCACAAAAUUUGCCAGUUGGAAGGGUAAAAGCAGUGAUUGGAGCUGUUGUAGACGUUCAAUUUGAUACAGAGGAACUCCCUAAGGUCUUGGAUGCAUUGCAUUUGGAUCUUCCUGAUGGAAAACGUCUUGUUCUUGAGGUUUCGCAGCACUUGGGUGAGCGUACAGUGCGAACUAUUGCUAUGGAUGGAACAGAAGGUCUUGUUCGUGGUCAAAAAGCUAAAGCAACAGGUGGACCUAUCAAAGUUCCAGUAGGUCCAGGUACACUUGGAAGAAUUAUGAAUGUUAUUGGAGAACCAAUUGAUGAACGAGGCCCUAUUAAAGCAGUUAAAUAUAAUCCGAUUCAUACUGAGCCUCCUACAUUUUCUGAUCAAGAAACAACACCAUCACUUCUUGUGACUGGUAUUAAAGUAGUUGAUUUGCUUGCGCCAUAUGCACGUGGAGGAAAAAUAGGUUUAUUUGGUGGUGCUGGUGUCGGAAAAACAGUUUUUAUUCAAGAAUUGAUUAAUAAUAUCGCUAAAGCGUAUGGUGGUUAUUCUGUAUUUGUAGGGGUAGGUGAGCGUACUCGUGAGGGAAAUGAUUUAUAUCAUGAAAUGAUUCAAACGGGCGUAAUUAAAUUAGAUGGAGAGUCUAAAGCUGCAUUGGUUUUCGGACAGAUGAAUGAGCCACCAGGAGCACGCGCACGUGUUGCAUUGACUGGCUUGACAGUGGCAGAAUAUUUCCGUGAUGAAGAAGGACAAGAUGUUUUGCUUUUUGUUGAUAACAUUUUCCGAUUUACACAAGCAGGUUCGGAAGUCUCUGCACUUCUUGGACGUAUUCCAUCUGCUGUUGGAUAUCAACCAACACUUUCUACAGAUAUGGGUGGUAUGCAAGAACGUAUCACAACGACAAAGAAGGGUUCAAUUACAUCAAUUCAGGCCGUAUAUGUUCCUGCAGAUGAUUUAACAGAUCCCGCGCCUGCAACAACAUUUGCUCAUUUGGAUGCGACAACCACAUUAUCCAGAAGUAUCUCUGAAUUGGGUAUUUAUCCAGCUGUAGAUCCAUUAGAUUCUAAUUCCCGUUUGAUGAAUCCACGUAUCGUAGGAGAAGAACAUUAUAGAAUUGCUUCUGAAGUACAAUUGAUUCUCCAGAGUUAUAAAUCACUUCAAGAUAUUAUUGCAAUUUUAGGUAUGGAUGAGUUAUCUGAAGCCGAUAAGUUGAUUGUGGAACGUGCACGUAAACUUCAGCGAUUUAUGUCUCAGCCAUUUACUGUUGCCGAAGUUUUUACAGGUUUAGAGGGUCGUUUGGUUGAUUUAAAGGACACUUUACGUUCAUUUAAAGAAAUUAUUGAGGGUCGUGCUGAUGAUUUACCCGAAAAUGCCUUCUAUAUGGUAGGAGAUAUUGAUGAGGCAAGAGCUAAGGGCAAAAAAAUAUUGCAAGAAAUUGGAGCUUAGGCAUAUACAGAG